AUGAAUGGCAUCAACAAUUACAGUAGGGGCUUCAAUAACGGUGGCGAUGAUGAUAAUAAUGACGAGACGACGUUGAGCGGUACUAAUAAUACUGCAAAUACUGCGACUAAUGAAAACAAUGAUGCAAAUACUGCAAAUGACAAUAUUGCAGUCGCGGCAUUGCCCAGCAAUGAUGACAAUGGUGGCAACAAUGACAAUGAUGAUAAUGACAAUAUUGGGGGAGAUAUUGUCGUACCACCCGGAGCACGAAUCGAGUUUCGACAGCUCAAUGAGGAUGCUGGUGCAAUCGAAGAUUUGAUACUACCGCCCGGAGCACGAGUGCAGUUUCAACAGCUCAUGAUGGAGACGAUGCGCAAUAUAAACAAUUCUACUACUACUAGCAGUAUCAACAACAAUGAGGAUGAUGAUGAUGAUGAAGAUCGAUCGGCCAAUGAAUCAUCGGAUACGGAUGACGAUGACACGGAAGAAGUACGGGAACAGGCGAAUGAAAAUGGUGAUGACGACGACGACGAUGACGAUAAUUCCAAUGCUACGGAAGACGCGGUCAACAACAUCAAUCAAAAUGAAAUACGACGAUUUGGUAGUAGAGGGUACGUUGCUCCUAACAAUAACAAUAGCAAUAGCAAUGUUGAGGAUGAGGAUGACAAUAAUAAUGCAGAAGUCCGAUCUGCCUAUGAACCUGAUACGGAAAGUGAAGAUGGCGAUGAUGAUACGGAAGAAGUGCGAGAGCAGGCAAAUGAAAGUGACGAGGACGAUUCCGGCAUGGAUGACAGCACUGAAUUGCUACCUCCAGGUAUCCUAACUGCUAUCUAUGGUAGCCAUCCUGUGCAAGCGGCUGGACCUACUACCAUGCCCACUUUAGAAGCACGACGAAGAGGACCAAAUGCUCAUGGGGAACCUGACUUUGGACACUUGAUGAUGGAAAUGGUCCGAGAUUUUGCCGAACACUUUGUGGACGACAUGGACGACGAAGGAGGACCAGGAUCCUCGCGAUUCAAUCCCAUUUUGAAAUGUCCCGUCUGCAAUUUUGCGCACCAAGAAGUAUUGAUCCAACAAGAAGAAGAUCAAGAAGAAGAAGAACAACAACAACAACAAGAAGAAGGACAGCAGCAACAUCGUCGAACUCCCAACUUUGUGGCCCAACCUCAACAUGCUCUGAGUCAUGGGGCACGCAUGAUCUUCAUUCAAGCCGAAUGUCCAGUUUCCUUUGAAAUGUGCGGACCACCCGUAGUCGCCUUGGCGUGUGGACACGUUAUAGGCAAGGAAACCUUUGCCGGAUUGGGGGGACGCAUGGGAGAAGAUGCCAAUGAGAUUCCAGAACCACCAUCACCACGCCCAAUAGCCCUCAGUCAACUUUCCAGAUUCCGGGGUCCGGCCGAAGCCAAUGCUGCCUUGGAAGUCUUUUCAAGAUUGACAGGUAUGGAUGCCGGAUUUCAUAGCUUUGGAAGAGAUGAUAGUGAUAACGAGGAGGAGGAGGAGGAGGAUGACGAUAUGGAUGGCGAUCACGAUCCGCUUGACAAUUUUAUGCGAGCGCGAGCGCAACGAGCUCAAGCGCAACGGCGUAUCCAACAACAGGAUCGAGCUCGUAUGCGGGAUCGACGACGAAUUGCGGCUUCCGCUGAGCGACGUCGGGACAAUCCCGCACAGCAGCAGGUACAAGCCCAAGAACGUGCUGAUCGCCGACAACAACAACGGCAACAACAACGGCAACGGCAACAACAACGGCAACAACGAGACCCAGCAGGUCGUCUUCCGGAUAAUUCCGAUUCGUCGUCCGACACUGACAAUUCGGGCCCACCGCCAUUGGUAGCAAGAAGAGGUCGUGGGAAUGUGAGCAUUGCCUCGUCGGAUUCGAGCAGCGACGAUGACAGCAUCCCUCCCUUGGUGGUCCGUCCACCAGAAGCGGGCAACAACAGCAGUAGCAACAACAACGACAACAUGUAUGAUUCUUCGUCCAGUAGUAGUGGAGACGACAGCAUGCCUCCCUUGGUGGAACGCCCACCAGAAGUGCCCGAUAAUCGUCGCAGCAACACCAGGAACGAUGAUGAUGAUGAUGAUGAUGAUAAUUCUUCUAGUGGAGACAAUGAGGAUCCUCCGGCCAUUUUUGCUGGAAUGGCGUUUUUGGACUCACUUGACGAUCGUGUUGGUCACAAUGUUGUGGAGGAGGAUCGUUCCUCGUUCAGCAAUAACAUUGGCAUGGUGUUUUUGGACCAACUUGCGGAUCGUGCUUUCCUCUCGGCUCAGGAUCACAAUUCGCAGAGUGGUGAAAGUUUGGAUGAUUUACCACCACCAUCACCACCAGGCAAUAAUGUUGAUGAUGAUGAUGAUAGUGAUGAUGAUGAUAGUGAUGAUGACAUGCCACCCCGCCUGGUGCCUCGCGAUAAUGCUCGGGUCAAUGACAGUGAUGAUGGUGAUGAUAAUGAUAGUGAUUCGUCCAGGAGUGAUGUCAGCAAUAUUCACAAUGCAAUGCACAAUUCCAUGGUAGCGGCAAUGACGAACCGGGAUGGCAAUAUUCAUGAAGAGUCUCACACUGCUGUGAUUGCUGCAAUGACGGACCGAAAUGAUGAGCCACCGCCUUCGGCUGGUGCCAUCCGUGAAAUGCAGAGAAUGAUGAUGCGAGGACAUGUCAGUGACAAUGACGAUGAUGAUUCUGAUAUUGAUGUUUUACCAACCCUGCAAGAACGUGAAACAAGAAACGACAUUAGCGAUAUUGACAGCAGUAGCGAUGACGACGAGGAUGAGAGUAUGCCACGACCAGCCUUUGCCAAUCGCUAUAAUAACCCUUCUUCGGAUUCCUCUUCGGGUGACGAAGCCUACUACGAUACCUAUUAUGCCAGCCGGUAA